AUGGACAGUUUUGGUUUCGGUGUGCUUGGCGGCAUUUUUGCCUCUGGCACGGCGAAAGACGAGGAGGCUGAAAGCCGGCAAAAAAUCUCGACGAGUUCUGAGGCCUUCGCUGACUACACCCCUCCGGAGAUUGGAGGUUUUCAGCCCACUUCGCUUCAGAAAAAGACAAAAAAGGAUAAUGGAUUGGCUGAUGUCCUGCUGCCAGUCAAAAUAUCACAGAUACUGCGGAACGUAGGUGACGGCAGCCAGAAGUUCGUGCUCUACAACCAGUCAGUAGGCGCAAUUUGUCUAAUAGGUCAGGCACGCAGUUUGGAGAAGCUAACAUCGGCAGCUCAGUUUCAGCUAGUUGAUGAGACGGGGGAAAUUGCCGUACAUUAUGCUGACGAAGGCUUCGAGGCACAGCAGGGUGAUAGCGUUCAGGUAGUUGGAACGGUUGUUUUGCUGACCUCCGACAACUUUUACGUUGAAGCUCAGCAUGUUUUGUUGUUAGAUGAUAAAAGUUACAAUUAUGAGGAGGUGAUGUCUCACCACAACGUAUCGGUGGCCUACGCUGCGUACUGCCUCGACAUCGGAGCGAAACUAAAGCUGCUUAACAAGCACAGCGGCAAGCUUUCUGAUCUACCAGGACAGGCGCAUGCCUUGACUACCAUAGGAGAGAUCGAAGAAGUUGAGCUUGGAAAGCUAUAUGACCACAUUACGGAUCCUGUAGAGCGUCUUGUGAUACAGUAUCUUAAGUCACGCCCGGAGAACUUGGCCAAGCGCAGUGAUGUCAUUGCCUGCCUCUCAACGCAAUAUGUGGGUGAGUUUUUAGAGAUUCGCUAUGUGAAUAAUAUACAACGGUAG